GUUUUGAAGCAUGUUAAGGGGGUCAAAUUACAGCUCAAAGAGGCAAAAGUGAAUGUUUUUACUAAACUUUUGUUUUGAAGGGGGAAUUGCCAACUUCCUGUUGAUUGUUGCUGAAGGAUGUCAAUGUAUGAAAUCUAGGUCUAAGUCAGACCUACAUAGAGGUUUUUGUUACGACAUUCCUACCGGAAGUUACAAGCAGUUUUGUCUGUGUUUUUUCCUAGGGGGCGCUAGAGCGCAAUUUUGAGAUUUUUUUUAUUAUUUUUUUUAUUAGAUGGCAAUUUUUGCCAGUCUUGAUGUGUGUGUCAAAUAUGGUGAGUUUUGAAGCAUGUUAAGGGUGUCAAAUUACAGCUCAAAGAGGCAAAAGAGAAUGUUUUUACUAAACUUUUGUUUUGAAGGGGGAAUGGCCAACUUCCUGUUGAUUUUUGCUGAAGGAUGUCAAUGUAUGAAAUCUAGGUCUAAGUCAGACCUACAUAGUGGUUUUUGUUACGACAUUCCUACCAGAAGUUACAAGCAGUUUUGUCUGUUUUUUCCUAGGGUGCGCUAGAGCGCAAUUUUGAGUUUUUUUGUUUUUUUAUUAGAUGGCAAUUUUCGCCAGUCUUGAUGUGUGUGUCAAAUAUGGUGAGUUUUGAAGUAUGUUAAGGGGGUCAAAUUACAGCUCAAAGAGGAAUUGCAAUCCCUAAUUAUCAAGAAAGGAUAAGGUAAUUUUUUGUCUCCAGGUGUUUGUGGGUCCUAUAAAAUGAUCAAGCUGGCCAGAUUUGGUCCCCGAGCCUUGAGUUGGACUACCAUGUGAUGGCAGCGCCCUCUGGUGGCGAGGUGUGAGUGCGUCUUCUCCGCCUCCUAACGUUGAGACGUGUUGACUAAAGAGGAAAAUAGUCCUACAGGCAACAUGUCCUCAGUGGCGGCUCUUUGGCGAGGGGCCCCAUGCGGCUGGCCCCCAGGCUCUGACCCCUCCUAGCAGCACCUGUAGUCCCGCCAGCGCGCCCGCCUGUCCCGCACUGGAACUAAGUUGUUCCGUCCGGAGGACGAGCAGAAAGAGGGCGACGUGCUCCGUGGCAGCGGCAGCAUGGAGACGCUGUGACCGAGCUGCGAGCAGGAAUAUGCGGCAGUGUGGCCCCCUCCCUCCCUUCCUGUCCUGCGGUGCAUAUCUACACCAGCCUGCAUCCUCCAGUCCACUCCUGCUCCUGCACGCUCCGCGGGGACGACGGCAUCUUCCCAGUAAAGUUUGCACAAGUCGUCCAUCUCCACCAUCAGCAUUUGGAGGCGGCCAUGGAGUUAGUGACGGAGACAAGGUGAGACUUUGAUGAGCCGACAACUUGCCACCAACAUGCCGCCCUGGAAGGGAGACUGGCGGAUGGAAGCCGGGAUUGAGCGUCUUUGAUCGGGCACGGAGGACACACGGAGGACGUCUUUGGAUUGGUCCUCAGAUAUAUAUCGAUUUUUGCCUGGACUCCUGCACACCAUGCGGAUUAUGCUGCAAGUUAUUCUUGGAAUGUUUCAAUUCCUGCUGCUCACCACAAUCCCCAUGUCCCAUGCCAAGCUGGCUCAUUGGCGGCCUACAGACCCGGCCAAGUCCAGAGAAGUGCGGCGCUGGCUGGAGGUGUACUCACGCAGCGGCUGUGAGCCCCGAGAGACUCUGGUGGAGGUGUGGCGGGAGUUGCCGGGGGAGACGCACCACCUCUUUGUGCCCUCAUGUGUGGCGCUGAGGCGAUGUGGAGGCUGCUGUGUGGACGAGGCCAUGGAGUGUGUUGCCUCACUCACACACACACUCACCAUGGAGCUGAUGAGGACUUCUUUCAUGAAGCACGAGCUCACUGAGUUGUCCUUUGUGGAGCACAGCCAGUGUGAGUGCCGAGUGAAAGAAGAGAUGCAGCCAACACCAACUACAAGGCCCAAUCACACGCCUACAAGAGUCAAGAAAAAGAGGCAAGGAAAGAAGACGAUUGCAGCCACCAGAACUGCCACCCGGGUUUUCCCGUCUCCCGCCACCAGUUCCCCUUCGCCGUCCACGCGGCCUUCCUGUGGACCCUGCAGAGGCAGGAAGUGGACUCUGGAUGCAGAGUCUUGUCGGUGUCUCUGCACCGUCACUGCUGAGAGCUGCCACAGGAGAAAUAAGAGGCUGGAUCCUCGCCGCUGCAGGUGUGACGUGGUGAGGACUUGACGACGUCCACCUCCGCCCCGAAGCCACCAAACGGAAGUAUUGGCAGACUCUCCUUUCUAGUUCAGCCACCAGUGUAGCAACCUAGACCGAGGUCACGUGUCUCACAUGUACAAGUACUCACGCACGGACACGUCCAGUCACUACAAACCCGAGCGCAGGGAUGAAAGCCACCUAUGAUUUAUGGAUAAACAUUCCCCCAAGGAGCCUGUCUGGACUCUCUGACUUGGGACUACGUCUAUAGAAGCAGAGUGAGGACCAGGACCCAGGUCACGUGGAGGCCAGGCUGGAGGAGAUAAAAGGUGCAAACAGACGGGAUAUAGGAGAAUGUGAGGACCUAUGUAUGUAUGUAUGUGUGGUCCCAGGCACUAUGUACGUAUGUAUGUAUGUAUGUGUGGUCCCAGGCACUAUGUACGUAUGUAUGUAU